AUGACUAUCGCUUGUGACAGGUCGUGUGCCAUUUUCACGAGCAGAGACAAAAAAAGAAAUCCACAGACAAACGUGGUGCACCGAACGAAGGACGUGCGCGAGCAGGAGACCGACAUGGCGCGUGGCACGGUACUCGCCGCCAUGGUCGGUUCCUUCCCGAGAAAAGUCAGUGAUACGAUACCCGCCACAAGCGGGCACGCCAUGACAGAUGAUACGGCACGCACAAACAAACAAGUCUACUUGCCAAGUGGAGCACCGCGCAGGUUAUUCGGUGUCCUGUCAAUGCAACAGCCAGUGCCGACAAUGAAAAAUCCAUGA